CGGCGGCGGCGACGUGGGCUGCGGCGGGCCCGCGGCGUCGGGCGGUGCGGAUGUCGGGCUGGGCGGACGAGCGCGGCGGCGAGGGCGACGGGCGCAUCUACGUGGGGAACCUUCCGAGCGACGUGCGCGAGAAGGAUCUGGAGGACCUGUUCUACAAGUACGGCCGCAUCAGCGAGAUCGAGCUCAAGAAUCGGCACGGCCUCGUGCCCUUCGCCUUCGUGCGCUUCGAGGACCCCCGAGAUGCUGAGGAUGCAAUUUAUGGAAGGAACGGUUAUGAUUAUGGCCAGUGUCGGCUUCGUGUGGAGUUCCCCAGGACUUACGGAGGUCGGGGUGGGUGGCCCCGUGGUGGGAGGAGUGGGCCUCCUACAAGAAGAUCUGAUUUCCGAGUUCUUGUUUCAGGACUUCCUCCAUCAGGCAGCUGGCAGGACCUGAAAGAUCACAUGCGAGAAGCUGGGGACGUCUGUUACGCAGAUGUGCAGAAAGAUGGAAUGGGGAUGGUUGAGUAUCUCAGAAAAGAAGACAUGGAAUAUGCCCUGCGUAAACUGGAUGAAACCAAAUUCCGCUCUCAUGAGGGUGAAACAUCCUACAUCCGAGUUUAUCCAGAGAGAAGCACCAGCUAUGGCUACUCACGGUCUCGGUCUGGGUCGAGGGGCCGUGACUCUCCAUACCAAAGCAGGGGUUCCCCACACUACUUCUCUCCUUUCAGACCCUACUGAGACAGGUGGUGGGAAUUUUUUCUUUAUUUUUUAGGUGAACUGAGCUGCUUUGUGCUCAGAGUCUACAUUCCAGAUUGAUGAUUUAGUGUCUUAGGAGAUUUUUUUAAUUUUUUUUUUUUAAAGGAAAUAAAACUACAUAAUUUCUACCAGGGCCAUAUUAGCAGUGAAACAUUUUUAACUGCAGAAAUUGUGGUUUUGGUUCAGAAACGAGUUGUAUAUUUUUCACCCCGAUGAUGGGAAAAAAAUCAGUGCUGUAUCCUUGUGGGUUGCUCUUCUAUGGAGAUCAGCAGUUACUGUGACCGAGUCGGCCCAUUCUGUUUAGAAAUAUAUUUUAAACGUUUAAUAACUGA